AUGCACUCAGACCCACGCAUUAAGGGUUCGGAUGUGGGCGAGUUCCAACCCUUCCGCUUCCUCCUCGCCACCAUCUCCCAACACAAGAAGCAUAACCCGGAACAGCAACAACAACACCGGCCCGCAAUGUCCACGGGAACACCCACCAUCACCCCGCUGCCUUCCGCGCUUUCGCGGCGGAAAACCCCUCUGCCCCGGCCGCCACUUCGCCAGCUCUUGAUCCAGGCCUUUGUGGCGCUGCUGGUGACCCGUUUGAUAUCUCCGCUACUAUACUACUACGACGACUACUACUACUACUACUACCGGCAAAACUACUACUUCCUGCGACAGGGGCGAUUACAGUGCCCUGGCAAGGAGGACGGGUUAACUUAG